AUGGCAAAACCAUCGCUGCCUCCAUCUAUGGUAUCUGCCUAUAAGCAAUACAAGCAAGAUACCGAGACCGUAGCAGGAUGGCUAGCUGAGAAGUCGGCUCAAGCCGGCUACGCCUCAAACAUCAAACAACCCAGACCUGAGGCAAAAGCCCGUAGGUCCGCUCAGGGCACUACCCGCAAGGCUCAAAGAUCCAAGACAAUGAAGCCUGUAUGCAUCGUCAGAACUGCCGAGUUGGUGGAAAUGGCCAAAUGCAUUGUCAAGCUGCGACCAAAGGUCAUCCUUAGUCGAUCCAUGCAGGUCAUCUGGGAACGCACAAUCCGAGCCAGGCGGGAAUUCUCGAGGUGGUUUAGGAGCAAAGCUGCCACCAACGUUGUCCUCGAUGAAAAACACUCUCACUUUGCUUCACUUCUCGAGCUUGCCCUUGAAACGCUGAGACCGUGCUACGAGAUAGUCAAGGAGUCAAAGCCCACAUCCCAGAAGAAAGAGACCGACAAGGGAACACCCCGCCCGCCAGUCAACAACAUCUUCCAGCAUCUGAAAGUCGAGGAUUUACUCUCCGACGAAGAGGUGGACCAAGAAGACACAACCAAUAUCACCUGUGCGGAAGCCAAGCCCGGGAGCCCUCGUGCUCAGAUCGACUUUGAUGACCCUGAGGCUGAAUCCGAAUUCCUAUUCGCCAUCUGGUCCUUCAUGCAGGAAGUUUUCGCCGUACGGACCUACGUCGCGUCUACUUGGCAUCUGUACGCCAGUGGAAGCAUCGAAUUGAUGCAGGCUGCCGCUAUCACAAACCUGGCAGUCGAUCUGGUCCGCAAAGCGGAAGCCGAAUUGGAGGCCAGCCUGCAGCGGCCCCCGGCGUACCCUGCAGCGAGGUAUCCAACCGGCUCUCUACCGUUUCUCAUCUUCAAACUUCAUGUUGUGCCCUCGUAUCAAUGCAAGAAAGCUUGGGACGCAGACUUGCCGAUGGUGUUUAUCAUCUGUGGGUGCUCAAUAUGCGACGUUCUUCUCUACAUACCAUGGGGGAUGGCUAGGACAUACAUUCACAUCCUCAAGGAGAUGCCGCCAACGUUCCCGAGCUUGGAAAAUGAAUUUCGCGUCCGGGUACCACCCUUUCCAUCCACCAGGGUUUGUGAUCCGCGGUUAUUUCACGCCCAGAACCCAAGUCAGAAGGCGAAGUCGGAGCUGUCCAGGAUCUUACCCAACUUUUCCCUGCUUUCCCUAAUGCUCCGGGGAAAGUUUAUUGAGGAUGAGAUUCUGCACGCGGCCAGGCAUAUCCUUGAGAACCGCAAUUGCCCCAUCUGGGUCAGCUUGGCCCUACAAAUUCAGCUUGACAUUCAGAGAGUGGGCACGAUCAAGACUAUUCGCGCCUUUCAGGAUCUGAACCAAGCAUUCGACGUGAUCAAACUUCGGGUCGAGGAGCACCAGAAGUGGUAUGAGACACACGGCGUCGAAAUACGCUGGAAAUGGCACGACCAUCUUACCAGAUCGCUCGAUGGGUAUGGGAUAUGGAUCAAAGGCAAGAUUUGCAGCAAGUCGGAGGUAAACGACGCUGGAGUGGAGGUUCCGCUGAUGAAGGACUUCCCUGUCACCUGCGGCACGAUGAAAACCGAACUACACCUGGAGUGGCACACUCUGGGCUUGGUGCAUGUCAACAGUACGCUUCAGGUUCCUAUGCUCUGCCACCUUUAUAAUGCACUACGUAUCGUGGCGCCCCAGUCCCCCGUCUGGCCCGACAUGGAGCUUGUGAUCCGCAACCAGAACCCCGAGAAAAUCUUCGUUGGUGGCCGCCCUGAAACGCUUGGUCAAGCACGAAACAGGUUUCUGCUCAGCAGUGGAGUGUCUAUAACAAGCCUAGCUAAAGAUUCCCGCGGCUUUCGAUUCAGAAAGAAUCCUGCAGUACGGCCAUACGAACAGUCACCCAUUGCCAAAAAUCUGUUUGUUCGGUGGCAGGGCCAAGAGACACGGAAGAUCGACGAAGCUGCGCAUCGGCUCCAGGAGCAUCUUUUCAGUCGACAAUAUUUCGAGGACCUUGAGCGCCAUUAUUAUGUAGCAGCCGGCUCUCCAGCGCAGACUCCGCCUCAGAGGACGCUUUCAACACUGCGCACCAAGAUGGUCCGCACUCUGGGGAGGCUGUCUGACAGCUUCGCGGCGGAGAUGCCGGGGCUGAUGUUUGACUAUUUCUCCAUGGAGCGCCGAUGCUCCGCCGCCUUUGAACAUCUCGCGCAUGCUAUCUGGGUAAUGGCAGAUGGCGGUGUACCCUCUGUCACGCCGGUCGAUCACCCUGCUGCCAACGCGCUCGGACUCACAAUCGACAUUUUCAAUGAAGCUUUCAGUUUACAGAUGAUGAUCUGCUGUCUCGAAUCCCAAAAACGGACUGUGAACAGAGCUCAGCGACCGGCAGCGGCAAAGCGUCUGAAGUCGAUGCUGCCGCAGUUCCAGAACGAAAGUGGCCAGGUGUACUUGAACGCUCUGACGCACUUGCGCAACGGCCGCAUAGGUGAGGUACUUGGGAAAUGUGCUGGUCUUUCUGAAAAUGCCGCAGCAGCUCGGGCUUUCGGACCAUUAAGCAAAUGGAUUGAGAACCUUGUCAACGAACAGAAAGGUGACGCAGAGCUUCUGAAGUUGCGGAGAGUUGUCGGAACCAAAGACUAUGGAAUAUGUCUCUUUCGCCCUUCAAGCUUGGAGGCAUUGUAUGGUCCCGGGAAAGAGCAAUCGUGGGGGAGUAUUGUGGUUGCUGAAAGCGUGAUCAAAGAGGCAAUGUUGUGCAGAGCCGCCAACCCGGUCGUGUACUUGGCCGCCAGGCUCUUUCUCCAUCAGGAGAAGAUGACGUGCGGCGCAGGUGCAGAUUCUUAUGGGAGCAGCGGCCUCAAGGCCGGCGAUGUCAAAGACCUCGAGCGAGAGAUGACCGAAUAUUGGUUCAAAGGAAAUCCCAACACAUGGGAGGGACAUGGCCAGUCGCAGAAAGAAGACUGGGAGAAAUGGGAAGGGAUCUACGGCAGAGAAGGCCGACUGGCGAGAAAGUGA